GUCUAUCUUUGUGGUGUGGACUUUGCUUCAGGCCUGCUCAGGCACUCCUUAUACAACAUCCAGACUGAACAGUAGUUUUUCCCUAUGGCGGUUAGCUCAUUAUUGAGCUCUUUUGUGUCAAGAACAGUUUAUUGUGGAAACUACUCACCACUGAGUAUCUGGACUUCAAGACCCAGCUCUUCGUCAUACAUCUGAGCAAUGUGUCUCCAGGAGCUAAGAUGCUAGAUGCCAUGUAUGAGUCCUCCACACUGUUGUCCUGUGCCUGGGACAUUUUCUUUACUAGGAUGUCCACCCAGAUGCCAGAUAGAUGACAAAUACCCAUGACCAAUCUCCUACUAUGUGGUGUCGUACAGAUGUACAACAGAAGCCAAAGGGCUUGGCUACAUGCCUUCUAUCUGACAGAGACUCUGCUAUAAAGUUCUGACAAGCACACAUCACCAUGUGGUACAGUCUUGCAGCCUCCAUAUUCGGACUUGUAAAACCCAGGACAGGUCACCCAUUACUAAGGGCUGUGCAGGUGUGGAGAGGUUGUUACAGAAGCAUUCAAUAUCUCUCCUUCUCAACGACGAAGCUGGAGCCAUUGAUAUCACUGCAACAGUAGCUUCCUUGCACAUAACAGGGGGUGAUUCAACAGUAUCGUAGAUCAUGGACUUCUACCUAAUUUGUGGCAGCUGCACAGAACACUGACAACUUCAGUGUCUCAGAGAGCAGCAGGGACCAUGAACCAGAAACAUCAAAACGAACUCAGCUGGAUCAUGUUGCAAAGCAAGCUCAGCAGGUGGUCUGCUCCUGAAGGAAAUUGAGGUUGUAGCAAGGCAGAAGACCUCUACCCAGGUCAGAAGACUCCAUAAGGUCAACUAGGUCAGCAGAAAAUCAACUGCGCGAACAUUUAAGAAAUCAGCUGACUCUCUGAGAUCUAUCACAGAUAGAAAUGUAUGGAGUAAUUCUUCGACUCUGUCUAAGGAAAUUAAUCUGACAAGUAUUUCAGGACUUCCUAUGGGCUGGACCCAGGACAAUAUAUUAUGCUCAAUCGACAAGAGCCUUCAACAGAUCUUCCAACAUCUGGAAAAUGCAAGCUCAACACUUAGGGAACUGAAUUUUCCAGAAUCCCAUGAUGCAUCGUCUUCUUCCUCCAUCUCUGACAUUGUGGCUCAGGAGGGUGUCCCACCUUGCUGUUACUGUAAAAAUGGGAAACGUUCCAGUGACUACAGCACAUCCUCUGAAUCCUCCAACAACAGCUCGAUCCUGUCUUAUCUUCCAAUCAUUCCUGAAAGUACAAUUUGGCAAACCCAGAGCAAUAGUCCCCCCGAUUCCCUGGAAAAGGAAUCACCCAUGUCCAGAACCCAAAGCACACCACUGCCUGCCUUCCAGCUGACAGAUACUGAGAAGUCAGAUCUUUUCCCGAAUUUUGCAGUCCUUCCUCCUGUACAGAAUGUUCCAUCGAUUCAUCUCCAUGUGAACAUCGGGGUGAAUUCUGAAGUCAAUAAGACAGAAGUAAGAAUGUCACAGCCACUUACCUCUAACAAGCAGUUAGAAUCUGAAAAUGACCACCAAAUCAUUAGAUACAUUCCUUUAGUUUUAUCAAUGGACGCAUCAUCUUCCAGAAAUGUAGAAGUUAAUGUAAUUCAGGAAGAAAGCUCUUUACUGCAAAAAGAACCAAAGCUGAAUAAAGAUCAGGAGGUCAUAAGUCUUCCAGAAGAAAUGAUACAGCCACAUAAGGCACAAGGAACUAAUGUGGAGCUGACACCCAAUGUACCAUGUUCAGACACAGACAGCAUAAAGGUCACUCCGAAGGCAUUGCUUCGUGUUAUGGAUUCAAUGGGAUUGAUUCCAGAUUCACAUUCAGAGGCAAUAAACUCUGUGGGGAAAAUAAAAGAUAAGACUGACUUAUCACAGCCAUCAAACCGAGCUGAAACAGUGAAUAUACCUCCUGAGUCAUCAAAUCCAGUAAUUGAAUCAAUAAAAGUGCCAAGUCCUGAGCAUCAAAUGAGAGAAUCAAAGAGUAUGGCCUCAAGACCAAAUCAAAUCACAGAUAUCUCUAAAGUUACUCCUGUAGAAUUGUCUAACAUCUUGGAUUCUAGGGGCCUGAUUAAUGAGUUACAUUCACAUGUCAUAGAAUCAGCAGGAAUAGCCCCAAAGCCACACUAUCAAGUCAUGGAAUCAGUGGGGGUACAUACAUUGCAGAAGCAUCAAACUGCAGAACCAGCAAAAAUGAGUCUAGGGCCACACCAUACAGUCUUCAAAGCUGGGGAAAGGAUUCUGCAGCCUCAGCAUAAAGCCACAGAAGAACUAAACAUGGAUUCAGGGUCACAGAAUCAAGCCACAAAACAGAUCAGGUUCACUCCUAGUUCAUUCCAACCUCCACAGAUACCAUCUAAAGUCCUGGACUCGUCAAGGAUGGUUCCAGAACCAUCAGAGAAAUCCAUAUGUGCUCUAAAGGGAAACUCAGUGGUACAGGGGUCACCCACAGGAGUGGUCACACCACUACAAGAUGGUUUGACUGCUCAAGCCAAAGAAUCUCCAGAGUUGCCUUUUUCGUCCCAGGUUCAAGUCAGUGACUGCAUAGGAAUGACACCACAUCAAGGCACAGAGAAUGUGUCAUUGACUCCAAAACUGCCUCAUCAGGUCAAGAAUCCUUUGGAGUUCACCCCUGGGCAUGAAGACUUAGACUGUUCAGAAGUGAGCCCAAGACAAAAUGACAAACUGAGAGAACCUAUGGGAUUGACCUCUGAUACAUGGCCACAAAGGGAGGAUCCUACAGAGAGGACACCAUCUAAACAACAAGUCCCUGAAGCAACGGUGACCUCUCACACUUGUGAUCAGGUGGAAGAACCUGCUGAGUUGACACAAUCAUCAGUAGGAAUGACUCCAGCACCACUGAGCCAAACCUCAGAAUCUAUGGAGAUGAGCUUACCACCACUCCAAGAUACUCUUGAAACGAUGACCCAAGUUGUAAAAGAGAUGAAGGAGACUCCAGAAUUACAAACUAAAGUUAAAGAUAUUCUGAAUUUGCUACCAGAAUUAGAAGUGCCAACCAUAAACCCAGAAGUGAUGGCCCCAGAACCACAGCUCCUGGAUGUGGACUUUGCUCAUGUGACACCAGAACCGUGUUCAGAAGUUACUAACCCAUCACAAAUUAGUCUAUAUGAAUACACAGGAAGCACGGAAUUGACAUUGCUUGAAGUUGAUGAUACCCAGGGGACCACUGUAGAAACAUGUUCAGAAAUGGGACCUCAGGGGUUGAAUCUAGAAUCAAGAAUGCAAAUUGAGGAAUCAGAGUCAUUGGCAGAAAAAUUGAAAUUUAAAGAAUUAACCAGUGAACCACCUGUACUAGUUGCAGAAACUAAAGAGUUAACUACAGAACCCACACCACAUAUUAUAGAUGUGAUCCCAGAGCCACAGCUCCACAAUGUAAAGUCUAUGCAAGUAGAUACAGGAUUAGAUUUACAAAGUGAGUUAUCUGUGGACUCAGUACAACAGUCAUCUAUAGGAGUGGUAGAUCCUGAAAAGGCCAAACCAGAGCCAGGGCCACAGAGUGUACCACCAAAGGAGUCAGUUGAGGAAACACAGAUUCCAAAUGUGAAAUCUGUGGAUUUUAAUCUGGACCAAGAGCCGCCAAUUGUCAAAUCAGGAUUGACUCCAGGGCCACAACUGCAAAGUGUCAAAUUUCCAACGUUAUAUCAAGGGCUACUUCAAGGGGAAAAUCCAGAAAAUUCUAUCUUGGGCCCCCCACAUUAUAGUGUGAAAUCUGAUGAAGCAAUAUCUUAUUCCCCAAUGCCAGAAAUCAGAUCAUCUGGUUUUAUUUCAGGGCCAAAGCUUCCAGAACCACAACCACAACAUGUGAAAUCUAUGGAAGUAAAUCUAGGACCAUGUUUGCAAGAUGUAAGAUUUUCUGAUUCGAUCCCAAAACCCAAACUCCAUAGUUUCAAAUAUACACAAUUCACACCAGGUCUUCCGCUUCCAGAGAGGACCUCUCAGGUAUUUAUGCCGGAAUCAUUUUUACCAUUAAGCCAAGAGCCAAAGUUCAAAGACAGGAAACUUGCCCUGCCUACACAAGGAUCAGAGUUUCACAGCAUGAAAUUUGCAACACAAGUCUCUGAACUACAGCGUCCAUGCAUGAUAUCUAAGGAGGUUAACAUAGGACCUCAGGAACAAGAUACCAAAUUUUCUGAGCUGGCUUCAAGACCAAAACUUCAAGGGGUCAAAUUUGGAGAGCAAAUCUCAGGAUCGAUGUUUGUUGGUGGAGGUUCUAAGACUCCAGAGUUAGGGAUGUAUGAUCCCAAAUUAGCAAAGAUGACUCCAGGGCUACAGAAUACAAGGCAGGUGGGUUUGAACUCAGGCCCAUGGCUUCAAGAUGUCAAAUUUUUGGAUGUAAUACCAGGAACUCAACUUCAAGGUGUGAAAACUUCAGAGCUAAACUUGGGGCCACAGUUAGAACAUUUAAACAUUUCUGAGUUGACCACACAGCCAGAGAGGCAAGAGAUGAAGCUAGAAGUGCUAGUACAAGAAUCCCCAUUUCAAGAUAUAAAAUACGUCACAGGGAAUCAAGCAUCAAGCUUUGAAGACAAAAUGUUUUAUAAAACAGUAUCUGAGCCACAGGUGCCAACGGCGGUGGAAGCAAUGAAAUUGGCUUCUGGGAGACACUUAGCAAAUGCAGAUCAUUCUGAGUUGAUCAGAAGACCACAGACUCAAGGCAUAGCACCCUCUGAAUUGACUGAAGGACAACUUUUGGGACAUAUAAAACCUGUGGAAAACACAGUCUCAAAGCAAGAAGCUCUGACAUCUGUGGAAUUAACACCAGGGCUAGCUUUGGGAGACAUUAAAUCUACAAAGUUAAAGUCAGAGCCAGAACACAUCAGAUCUAUGCUGUCAACCCCAGGAAUGCAGGCAGGAAAUAAGAAACUUGAGCUGUCUCCAGGAUCCAGCUUGAAGGGUUUAAAACCAAGGUUACUACCUUCAAAGCCAAAAAUAGAAGAUAGGAAAUCUGUGAUCUUAACUAUAGAAGAAUGUCUCAAGAGGAUAAAAUCUACUGUGGUAUCCCCAAGUAGUUCCCCGAGAGGAGGUAUGAAGUCUGUGAAGUUGAUUCCAGGUUCAAGAACUCAAAAUUUGAAAAAUAAGGGGUUGGCCCGUGGUACACAUGUUCAAGAUGUAAAUGCCAUGGGCUUGAAACUUGAACCAAAGAAGCAAGGGGAGAGUCCUGUGACUUUUGUACCAAGAACGCUGUUUCAAGAGAAGUCUAUGGAGGUGUUUCAAGGGCCUCAACUGCAAGGUACAAAACCCAAGGAACUGACUUCACAGUCACAAAUGCAAGAUAGGAAACCUGUGAUCACCUCAUGUUUGAAACAGCAAAGUCUAAAACCUGUAACUGUAGCCAAAACACAAGAGAUCCGAGGAGUAAAAUUUGUAGAUCUCACCUCAACACAACAAGGGUGUCAAGGGAUGGCACCCAUGGACUUAACUCUUAAGUCUAGACAGGAUGACCAGAUAAUUGUAAAGUCACUAGAGAGGAAAAGUGGGAUUUUUGACCAACAGAAAAAAGAACUUGAAUCAGAAAAUACAUUGCCCAUGGAGUCAGAUCAAGAACCCAAACCUGCAGAUAUGAAACCCAUAGAGAUCAACUCUAAGUUACAAUUCAAAGGUACAACCUCAUUUGAAUUGGCUCCUGAGCUGGUUGUUCAAAGUGUAAAAGCUGAAGAGUUCCAAAAUGAACUACAGGCGCCAAGUAUGAAACCUUUCCAGUUGACUCCAGUGUCCCAGGUGCACCAAGAGAAAGCCUUGGAAUCAACAUUGGAACCACAGCUUCAAGGUGUGGAAGCUGUGGCACAAAAUAAAGAACCCCAAAUUGGAAGCACAAAGUCUAUUCAAUGGAUACCAAUAUCUGAGUUUCUACGUGAGAAAGGUAUAGGGUCAGACUCAAGGUCACAGACUCAAGGAGCCAGGCCUACAGCACUGACGCCGCCUGUGCCAUGGAGAGGUGUGAGGUCAUCUAAACUGACUGCCACAUCAAUUCAAGGAGAAAAAUCUGUAGCACUUCAUCCUGAGCCACAGUUACAGGGAGUAAAAACCUCUCCAAUAGCAAUAGGGUUGCAGGAAUCAAAAACGUUUAACUUGACUUCAGAGCCACAGCCUCAAGGCAUCACAACCGAGGAACUAAACAAAGAGCCACAGGCUGAGAAUGUAAGAUCUGUUCAGUGGAUUCCUCAACAGGAGUUCCCCGGUGUGAAGUUCUUAGGAUCCAAUAAUGGGUCACCAUUUCAAGGUGUCAAAGGAACAGAACAGAAACCCUCCAUAAAAUUGGGAGGGGAGAAGCCAUCAGAAAUGACUCAAGGACCAAAGCUACAAGGGACAAAAACUGGGGAUUUUAACCUCAGGCCACAAGAACACUGUGUGAAGACCCUCCAGUUAUCACCAGAACCAGAGCUACAAAAGGGGGGAAACUUUGCAUCAUCCUCAGAACCUCAGUCUCAAUGUGUGGAAACUGUGUCAUUGCACCAUGGACCACAGCUUGAAAAUACAAAAUCUGUCUUCCAAGAUAAGAAAUCUAUGCAGAAUCUUGGGUUACAGCCUCAAGGAAUCAUAUCCAAAGAGUUAAAACCCUCAGUACAAGAAAGGGAUGUGAAGACAUCUGAGGAGUUGAUGACAAGGCCCAAAUCAGAAGGUAAAGAACCUUCUGGGUCAGCCCAGGGAUGCUUGUCUCAUGGGUUCAAAACCAUUGAUUAUAAAUCUAAGCUGCCAUUUAAAAGUAUGAAAGCAUGUGACCCAAUCUUAAAGUCAACGAUCAGUAAUAUAAAACCAAUGACAUUCAAACCCAGGUUCCAUAUAGAAGACAGGAAAUCUAAUGAAUUGACCCCUGGGAUACAGCCUCAGGAAGCAAAACCAUUAAAGUCAUCCCUAGGAAUACAGCAGCCUCAAGACGUGGCAUCUUCAGUGUUGAAACAAGAGUCACACUCUUCAGAAUCGAAAUCUGGGGUAUUAGGUCAAGGGUCACAGUCACAAAACAAUGAAAGUAUAGGGUUGAAAAGUGAAAAAUCCUCUGAGUUGGCACUUCAGACAAAGCCUCAAGGUAUGAAAUCUGAGAUGAAGUCUGAGCCCCAGAGGCAAACUUCUGACUUGACACCUGAAACAAAGUCCCAAAAUAUGGAACUCAAGUUACGUCCCAGCCUACCGUUGAAAAGUAAAUCAUGUACUAAUUUAAUCAUGGGGACCAAAAUUCAAGGGGUCAAGCUAGACUGUAAACCUGGGCCACAGUCCCAAGGUAUAAAAUCAGAUUCAAUUCUGAAGACAAAGCCUCAAGAAAUGGAGAUGGAAGACUGUGAAUCAGGCCCACAGUUACAAGAUCUGAAAUCUUUGAGGAGAAUCAUGGGUGUAAAAGUCCAAGAUGUCAAAUCUAUGAGCUUCAGUCCUAGACCACACUUAGAAGGUACACCAUCUGAAGUCAUCCCAGAGAAGAAUGUUAAUGGUAUGAAACCAGAAGAAAUCAAACCUAGUCCAAAAUUACAAGGUGAGAAACCUGAGUCCACCCCAAGGAAGUUGUUUUUAGGCACACGAUCUAUACGGCUGGAUUCAGGCCUUUAUUUGCAAGAUUUGAAAUAUCCCGAGCUGACCAUGGGCAUGAAACAUCAAGGUGUAGACUCUAUGGAACAGCACUUGACAAGUAGAAAACCUUCUGAGGUGAUUACACAGAUAAACUCUCAAGGUGUAACAGCAGUGGGCUUCGAUUCUGGACCACAGACACAAAAUAAAAGGCCUUCUGAGUUGUUUCAAGGGGAAAAGCUCCAAGAUAUGGAAUCUAAAGAGUUUAAUCAAAACCCAAAGUUACAUAGUAUGACUGUGGAGUCAAUACCAGAGACAAAGCCCCAAUACAGGGAAUCUGUAAAGUUAAACUCAGGCCCUCAGUUGCAAGAUGAAUAUUUUACGUCAAUUCUAGGGACAAAGCUUCAAGAUGGAAGAUCUCCAGAGGUCAAUUCUGGCCCACACUUACAGGGUGUAAACUUUUCUGAAGGGAUUUCAGGAGACACAGUUCCAAAAGAGGAACCCAUGGUACUUGUGUAUCAGCCACUGGGGCAAAAUGAAGAAUCUUGUAAAUGGAUUUUCUCUAAGGCACUUGAUGGGAAACCUUUGCACUCCAAGGUACCCUCUGAGUUGCAGGACAGGAAACUAUCUAAGUUAAAACCAGAAUUAAAUCUUCAAGGUAUGAAGCCUGAGGCUUUCAACCCUAUAUUAAAGUUAGAAGAUGUACAAGCCAAUUCCAUAAAUCCACAAACAACAAAUGAUAAAGAGGUCAAUUAUGAUGCAAACUUUCAGGUUGGGAGACUCUCUGAAUUGGCCUCAACAAUUUAUAAUGUGGUACCUUCUGGACUCAAUGCCAGAAAUCAGAAGCAAGAUGGGAAACCUCAGAAAUUAAGUCAAAAGCAACAGGUUCAAAGUAUUAAAUCAACAUUGUCCAAUCAUGAGCCACAUCUGCAACAUAUCAAGUCAUCAGACUUAUUUACAAAACUUCAAGACCUGAAAUCGGUGGAAUUCAACUCAGAGCAACAGUUGCAAGAUGUGACGUUCUCUGAGUUGGGCCUGGAAACAAGUACACAGUCUUUAGGGUUCAACCCUGGGCCACAGUUGCAAGAGAUAAAACUUUCUGUGGUGAGCACAGAGGUCAAGCUACUGGAAGAGUCACCUCUGGAACUCGAGGAUGAACCUAGAUUACACUGUAGGAAAUCCUGUUCCUGGAGUCACAAUAAAAAUGUUAUGGCACCCAACACCAAGAUACAAGAUGUAGGAUUAUCUGAGUUGCACCCUGGUCCAGAACUUCAAGGUAUAAAAGCUAAGGUGUUCUUCCCUGGGUCACACUUGGAAGAUGUGAAUUCUGCAUAUACUCCCAAUAUAAAUUUUCAAUAUGUAAAUUCCAGUGAGUGUAUAUCUGGGCCAUAUUUGCAAGAUACAAAUUCCUCUGCAUGCAUUCCAGAGCCAAACACUCAGUAUAUAAGCUCUGAGUACAAUCUUGGAAUACAUUUGCAUGGAAUGAAUUCUUCCUCAUGCUUUUCAGGAUCAAAAUUGCAAUGUGUAGAUUCUACUGGGAGCAACCCUGAGUCACAUUUGCAAGAUGUAAAUUCUACUGAACGCACCCCAGAGUCAACUCCUCAGUGUGCAAAUUCUUCUGCAUGCACCCCAGAGCCAAGUUCUCCAUGUGUAAAUUCCACUGAGUGCAAUCCUGAAUCACAUUUGCAAGGUGUGAAUUCUUUUGUAUAUGCCGCAGGGCAAAAUCCUCUGUGUGAAAAUUCUAAUAGGUAUAACCUUGGGCCCCUUUUUCAAGGAAAUGUUGGUACAUUUCCACCACCACAAAUUCUGUGUGUAAAUCCUGUUUGGUGCAAUACUAGAAUACAUUUGCAAGAUAUAAAUUCUCCUGCAUGUACUCUAAGUCAAGAAUCUCAGUCUGUAAAUUCUAUUGACUACAACCCUGGGCCACAUUUACAAACUCCAAAACAUCAAGAACAACACUUGAAAUAUUUGAAGUCUGAAUUAACUCCAGGGUCAAACAAUUUGGGUAUAGCACCUAUGGAAUACAAGCGUGGUCCACUAGGUCAAGAUAUGAAUUCUUCUGAGUUCAAUCCUGAGUCAAAACCUCAGUGCAUAAGUUCUGUAAAGCCCAGUUCAGGGCCACAGUUGCGAAACAUAAAGUCCUUUGAGUUGAACUCUGGCUCAGAGUCUCAAAGUACAAAAUCUGUUCUGUUAAAUUCUGGAUCCCUUUCUCAAGGUGUGGAUUCACCUAACUUAAUGCGAGGGGCAAAGUUUCAAACGACCCCGAUUUUGAAGAACCUGCUUGGGUCAAGGCAGCAAAGCUCACAGCCUGUAUGUACUUUGAGGCCUCAGUCAAAUAGUGUGAAUUCUGUGGUUUUGCCAAUGUCGCCUCCUGAAGAGAGAAAGCUUCCAGAGAAGAGUACACAGACAUCGUUUUGUGCUAUAGAACCGACAUCUAGCUGUGGUCUGAACGACUCGAGGAAUAAGAUGUUUUCACCAGAACCUUGUUUUCAAAAUGUUCAAACUGUGCAGUUGAAGCCAGCGUCACAGUCUCCAAGUGUGAGUUCUUCAGAACUGAUGUCAUGCCAAGGUUCAAAACUCCCUAUGUCUUCCCUUGCACCAAAGCCAUGUUUUCAAGAUACAAACCCUAAGCAGCUGAGGAUAGGAUCCAAACAGCAAAGUCUGAAUGGUCAACUGUUUCCUCCAGAGGAGAAACCAAUGAUGGUAUUGGCACCAGAGUCCACCAGGAAGCUCUUAGCAGGACCAGCACUGACUAGUGUCAAAUUUUCAAAUUUGUCACUGAAACCACAGCAGCAAAAUACGAAAUCUUUGGCAUUUGCUUCAGAGCCAAAGUGCCAAGGUGUAAAACAGGUGAAACUGUCAUCAGUGUCUGUGCCAGAACCUGGAAAAUCUGUGGAGUCACCUCCAAAGUCAAUUCUUCGAGACAUGAAAUCUGGGAACCUAAUGCCCCAGACAACUGAUCCAGUCACAAAACCCACUGAAGUCUUAUAUAGACCAGAGCGACAGGUGGUGGACUUUGCAGAGAUGAGCAUGAAGCCUAGGUGUCAAGUCCCUAAAUCGGUGAAUUUUACUUCACCACCAAUUUACCAAGAUGUCGGAUCUUUAGAAAUGACAAAAGGGUUGGAACAUAAAAACACAGAAAUGAUGGAGGAAUCUAUGAGGUUGAGCUCCAAACCAACAGAUAAAGUCAUGGAAUCAUUAGAGAUGUCCCAUCUUCAAGAACCAGAGUUUUUUGAUCUGACUCCAACACUAAGUGAUCAAGAUUCACAAUUCUCAGAACUAAGCCUGCAGAAAAGCUACCAGAUCCAAGAAACUCCUGAGUUACAUUCUUGGUCAUGGCCUCCAUUCAAAGAUUUCAAGAAGUUACAGAUAAAGAAAGUUACAGAAUCUGAGAGAAUAACCCUCAAUGUCAAGAAUCCUGUUGCAGACAUGAUAGAGUUGACUUGUGAAGCAAGACAACAAGGGAAAGAAUUUCUUAGAAUGACUCCAGAGCCAGUAAAUACAGAGACUGGAUUUGUAGAAAAAUCUCCAAGGCUAUGUCAAGACAUAGGACCUCUGGGGGUGGGCUCUAAGAAAACAUCUCAAAGGGAACAAUCUGUAAUAUCAACACCAAGGCCAUUCUGUCACAUCCCAGAUUCUGCUUCAGGAAUAACACCAGGGCCAGGACCUCAGAUUGCCAAACUUAAAAAAUUGGCCUCUAUGCUGUGGCUGCAAAAUGAAUCCUCUGAGUUGUCAUACAAGCAAACCAGUCAAGUUGAGGGAAAGAGAGACUCUGUAGAGCUCACCUUUGGUACACAGCAGUCAGGAGAGGUAGCAGCUAAGCUAACAAAACCUCAGAAUCUGAGCCUGAAAAAUGCAAACAUCACUCUAACAGAACCACUGGAUCAAACAAUAAACUUUGUAGGGAUUAGUCCAAAGCCACGAGAUCAAGUGACAGAAUCUGCAAAGACACAGCUUCUAGUUCCUCAAUCAGUUGCCCUCCCAAAAGUUCCUGAAUGUGUGGAAGUGGUCCCCGGACCACCAUUUCAAGUUAUUAAGUCUGUGAUGAUUCCAAAGAUUACCCCUCAAAAGUCAAAGUACAAUGAUUUGACUCCCAAAAUACCUGAUAUGAUAAGUUCAGAAUUUGCUCCAGGCCUUGGGCUACAAAAUGUACAAUACAAGAAAUUAAUCAAAGAGCAAACACAUCAGGUUUUAGAAACAAAAAAACAGACAGGCUUUCGAAUUAUAAAGACUGUAUUAACUCCCAAACCACUAGUUCUGAUGGUAAAAUCUGAAGAAGUGGCACCAGGACCAUGUCCUCAGGCUGUAGAACCAAUAGAACUCACCACGAGAUCGAGCAUUAAAGUAAAGGAGUGUUUGAAUUUACACCCAAGAUCACAUCUUCAAGACCUAGUAAAACCUAUGGAGUUAACUCCAAGAGCAGAUAUUCAAAUGACUUCUGCAGAAUUAAUAUUUCAGCAAACAUUUCCCCUUAAGGAACCUACAGUGUUAUCUAAUGAACAAAGGCUUCAGGCUGAAAAAUCUAUAGGCCUCAAAACAGAAUCUCCUAAAGUAAUGAAAAUCAAGGAUUCGAAUCAAGGAUCGGUGUGUCUGAAUAAAGACUCAGCGAUGAUCACAUCAGCAAAAUUACAGGAAGAGAAUUAUUUAUCUAGUUUCAUACACAGCCCUUCAGUCCCAUUUCUUUCAAGUGUUGACAAAACAACUGAAUUAGGGCACCUUCCGGGUUCUGGGGUACCCGAAGUUUCAAGAGCUUUUGGUAUGGAAAACCUUGAUGUUGGUAUUUUGCAGUCUUCAAAGUCCUAUACAGACACUCUUAUAAUAAAAUCCUCAGUUCUUCCCUUGGUCCUUCAAAAUCUACCCUCUGAUAAGACAGGGGACACCAAGGGAACCCCAUAUCCUGAUAUCUGGAGCAUGGAUCUCCUAUCUAAGGAAGAAAGUGAAAAGGAGAGAAUGGAGGAAUUCCAGAGGUAUUCUUCAUAUUCACUCAGAUUACUAUCAGAGGAGUUUCAGGAAGGAUUAGGGACGCGAAGAAGCUCUAUCCGUUCUUUCCUAGGCAUACAACAGAAUGUCUGGGAAAGUCAUGUCUCUAGGCAGCGACUACCUAGGAGAUACCUCUCCAAUAUGCUAAUGCUGGGGAAUGUCCUGGGAACCACUAUGGAAAGGAAGCCUUGUUCUCAAUCAUUUUUAACAGAAGGAUCCACUAUGGACAUCUGUCAAUCUAUUCAGAAUUUAUUUGGGGUUCCAGCUGAACUAAUGGAGUUUUCUCAAAGCCUGCUAGAGAGGCUUCCAAGGACCAUUUCUCAGACUUCAGUGGUUAAAAACCUUAUUCAAAGACAUACUUUAUGUCACAGUAAUGAGAAAAAAAUGCCUUUAAAGAUGUGGACACGUGGCUCAACAUCUUCCAUAAUACAGCAAUACUCUGGUACUAGAUUGGGAGUAAAGAAAACAAGCUCAAAGCUCAGCGAUAUAUUCCAGGAAGCCACUGAGCAUGUGUCCAUCUCAUGUACAGGAGCCGGGUUUCCUGCCUUGAUAAAAUCAGAGUCUACUCUUGAGAUGCUUUAUGGUAGGGAAGAUUCUGUUUCCAAGGAGCAGAGUAAAAUUUCACCAUGUGGUUCACUGACCAGGAGUUUGGACUCUCAGCAUUCCCUCAAGACAAGUUCUCUCUCCCAGUCCAACACUGAUAUCUAUGAACAGUCCCAACUGCUAAAAGAACUACGGCUAAAAAUAGCAGGAAAACUUCUAAGAAGUCAAAUACCCCACAAUGUCCCUCCACCUCUAGCGUCAGGCCUUGUCCUGAAGUAUCCCAUCUGCUUACAGUGUGGCCGAUGCUCAGGAUUUAAGUGCUGUCAUAAGUUAAAGUCUGCUAUGGGGCCGCACCUUCUUGUCUACCCACAACUCCACCUUUUAAGCACCCCUGAAGGCCAUGGUGAGGUUCGGUUGCAUCUUGGAUUUAGAUUACGAACUGGAAAAAGAUCUCAAGUCUCAAAGUAUCAUGCAAGAAACCAAGCAGAUCCACAGAAAGGUGCUUCGUCACCAUCGCGAAGCAAAGAUAGAUUUUCUAUGCCAACUUCCAAGAGUCCUAGUUCUAGAAAUGAUUUCCAGUCCAGAUCUUCCCUGUCUCCUGCUUCUGUACAAGUCCACACUCAACAAAAGCAAUGGCACAGGCACAACGGUAGUGUGGCCGGAAAGCCAGCAGCCAAAGACUAUGAAUUCUAUCAGGGUCACUCCAUAUCGGAGAGUGAGUACGAAAGCACUCAGGAUGAAAGAGGUCUUAAAUCAAGCUUCAGAAAGACCUCUGUCUUAACAUAUACAGAGAACAAAAUCUCCCAGGAACCUAAAACACAAAACAACAGGCUCUACAACAUUAAUACAACUACAAAAGGCAAUCUUACAACACUGAGGGAUCUGCCAAGAAACAGAACUGAGACUACCCAAACAAGCACGGUUUCAACCAAGAGACAACCUAAGAAAUCCUUCCAGCCCAAAUUCAUCCACCUGCUUGUUCAAGACCUAAGGCAGGCAUUCCAGGCUGCGCUCAGAAUUGGGCAGAAAAAGGAUUAUGGCUUAAUGGGAGACAGCAAAGGAGCCAGGACACCUGUUGUCAGGCAAAGGCCAACAAGCUCAACCCCUAAGCAAAAGGGCAAGUUGCAGGGAGCAAGCGAGUGCUGUAGACAAGCUCAACAGCCCAAACAAAACAGUACAGCAAAGAAAAGCUAUGAAAUACCCAGUCUAGAGUCUAAGAACUGUUCUAAAAUAGAAGCCCAACUUCAGGCCCAAGAGAGGAUUGUACCUAACCCCCUCUUGAAGGGAACCCUGCAGAGUCACUUCGAAAAGAAACCCCAAAACAUGGAAGAUCAACAAGGCUUCUUCAGGGAGAGCACCCUAUUUAAUAAGCCACCUGAAAGGACCCAUGACAGGCUUCUCCAGAGAACUCAUCAGCAAAAUCUCUCUGAGAGGAGACAUCGCAGUCGUUCUCAGAGAAGGCAUAGUAGUCCCUCUGACAGAACCCUUAAAAGUCUUUCUGAGAGGAGUCGUCGAAGUCUCUCCCAGAGAAACAGUCUUAGCUCCUCUGUAAGAACCUAUCAUAGUCUCUCUGACAGAAGCCAUAACAGUCUCUUUAAGGGUAGAGGCCACAGUCCCUCAAGGAGGAGUCCCCGCAGCCCCUCGAGGAGGAGCCCUUGGAGACCCUCUAGGAGGAGUCCUCGAAGUCCCUCUAGGAGGACCCCACGCAGUCCCUCAAGGAAAAGUCCUCGAUGUUUCUCAAGGAGGAACUCUAACAGUCCCUUAAGGAGGUACCCUCAAAAUCCCUCCUGGAGUAGCCAUCAUAGCCUUCGAAGGCCUUCAGGAAGGAGCCCUCACAGGCACUUAGGGAGGAGCCCUCACAGGCUCUCAGGGAGGAGCCCUCACAGGCUCUCAGGGAGGAGCCCUCACAGGCGCUCAGGGAGGAGCCCUCACAGGCGCUCAGGGAGGAGCCCUCACAGGCGCUCAGGGAGGAGCCCGUGUAGACCUCUCGAGAGAAGAGGACGCAGUCCCUCUGUAAAGAAGAGUCUUUCUGGGAGGAGACAACAGAGUCCUUCUCUGAGACGCCUCAGUUCCUCAAAAAGAAGCCAUUUCAGUCUCACACAGAGGUCAGUGGGCAGUCAUUCAGACAGUUUCUCUGAAAGAUCUUUUUCCAUUCUUUCUGGCUGGAAAGGACAUAGUUCUAGAUUAAGCCAGAACAGUUCUAUGCCCUUCCCUGAGUUGGCUAAACAAGAUUCUGCUGGCUGGAGCCCAGCUCCAGGCCUUUCCGCGUUUUCCUGCCUUAGCCUUGAGAAGCUGACCACCUACUGAGCUUACUUUGCAACAGAAUCCAGCUGAAACAAAGGGAUGGGUUUUUGGGUUUUGCUGAAAAUUAAAAUUUGAGCCAUGAUCGGA